AAUGGAAAGAAGAGACAGAUCGUAUACGAAAACGAUUAUUGAAAGAGGGAAAACCAUUACCACCAAUUCUUAUGCAAUCUAAUGAUAAUGCAGAAGAAAUGGGUGAUGAUAUUGAUCCUGGAAUCAAAGCAUUUCUUGAAUUGGAAAAAAAAUUGGCAUCUCAAGGCUGA